AUGGACGUCCCGCCGCCGGCCAGCAAGAUCGCGGCGCUGUCGCUCGGCGCACUGCCGGUGUCCUGCGCGCUCAACCUCGCCUCGGCGCUCUCGCACCCCUUGGGGGUGGCAUUGAUGAGCGCCUUGAUCCUGGGUCUGCUCUUGGUGGCUAUCUACAGCUUGUCCCAUGGUGAGAUCUCCUAUGACCCACUCUAUGCUGUCUUCGCGGUCUUUGCCUUCACCUCCGUGGUGGACCUCCUCAUAGCUCUCCAGGAAGACGGCUACGUGAUGGGAUUCAUGGACUUCUACACCAAAGAGGGUGAGCCGUACCUGCGCACAGCCCACGGAGUCUUCAUCUGCUACUGGGACGGCACCAUCCACUACCUCCUCUACCUGGCCAUGGCCGGCGCCAUCCACAGAAGGAAGAGAUACCGGAACCUUGGACUCUAUUGGCUGGGAUCUUUCACCAUGAGCAUCCUGGUGUUCCUCCCAGGAAAUAUUCUUGGAAAAUACAGCUCAGAGAUCCGCCCUGCCUUCUUCCUAGCUGUCCCCUACAUGUUGGUCCCAUGCUGGGCCGGCAUGAGGGUCUUCAACCAGUCUCGGGCACCAACCUGCUGCACCCCCAACAUGGUGCAGGAGGAGCAAAAAAAGGGUCUCCUGCAGCGCCCAGCUGACCUGGCCCUCAUCAUAUACCUCAUCCUCGCUGGCUUCUUCACCCUUUUCCGGGGCCUGGUGGUGCUUGACUGCCCCACGGAUGCCUGCUUUGUCUACAUCUACCAGUAUGAGCCAUACCUGCGGGACCCUGUGGCUUAUCCAAAGGUGCAGAUGCUGGUGUUUAUGUUCUACGUUCUGCCUUUUUAUGGCCUGGCCACCUACGCCCUCGUCUUCCCUGGUUGCUCCUGGCUGCCUGACUGGGCCUUGGUGUUUGCUGGAGCCAUUGGCCAGGCACAGUUCUCCCACAUGGGUGCUUCCAUGCACCUGCGCACACCCUUCACCUACCGUGUGCCUGAGGAUGCCUGGGCCUGCUUCUUCGUGUGCAACCUGCUGUAUGCUCUGGGCCCCCACCUGCUGGCCUACCGCUGCCUGCGGCGGCCUGCCUUCUUCCUUUGCUCGCCGACCCCCAGCCCCCCAGCCCACCACAAGAAGCAGCACUGA